AUGCCGUGGGGUUGCCUCUGCUCAAAGGAGAAAAAACGUCCCCAAAUCAGCAGUCCGAUACUGAGCCCGGACGAUACGCAGAAGCUUCAGUUGCUUCCCGCCGUUAGACGUCCGUUGCUAUCGGAUGCGGAGAAACUCGAGGAACGGUUGCUGGCCCCGAACGCGAACGCCGACUUCGACAACGAAAGCAGCGAAGAAACGCAACCACCGAACGAUGCCGGGCGCGAUCGACUACAGCAGCAGCUGCUCCAGAAGUCACGUCUCAAGUCCUCGAAUCUCAAAAGCACUACCUACACUCGUAACACCGAAAACGACAAGCUAACACGCCACCUUAACACGGUAAAGUUCAGCUUCGAUGAACCCGUACUCCAGAAGCCGGAUGGACCCCCGGGAGUGGGAAGGCCACUUCGGAAGCAGACCGACCGGGGCGACCCACCACCGAAACCGGACCGUCGAAUAACCACCGCAGCAACGCAACAGCUUGUGGUGAAGCUGCCGGAAACCGGUGGCAACGUAUCGUUGGACCACCAGCAUGGCAGCAUCACGUCCAACGCUGCGGACGAGAUUGAUUGCAACGGAAACGGGAACUAUGAUAUUGUGCCGUCGAUUAAGAUUAGCGAAGACGGUGUCGACCGUGCUGAUGCGGCAGGGCGGACGGAACACAAGGCCGGCGCACAGGUGGAUGAGAACAAGAACGAAAUCCUUGUGCCGGGUAGUAGCGAAGGAAGUAUACCCUUCAUCGACGAGGAUCCCACCCAGAUACUGAGACAGCUGAACGCGAACCCACAGCGUGGUCAGAACUUUCAUGACGCUCGUAUCAUCACGCUCACACCAAAGAACGUUGGCUCCGAGGCAACGCGAGCGGCAGCGGCGUCGGUAGCAACACCGGCCUCAGAACAAGGGCACCGGGAGGCCCAGUUACGGCUGCUGGCGGACACUAAAAAGUUUACUCGAUUUCUAGUGGAACCACCGCCGGUCGCUAGUGUGGAGGCGGUUAAGUUUACGCACAUUUUUCAAAUUCUGCCACCCUCGUACGAUCGGUUAUGCCAGCAGUGCCACAAACCUUUACAUCUGGACAUUGGGUUACGGUGCGUGGUGUGUGAUUUCACCUGCCAUCAGCAGUGUGUGCGGUUGGAAAAGAAAAAUGGCCGAGAAGAGGAACAGCAAGCAAUCAACAAAUACAAUUCGCUUCCCCUGCAUACGAUCAACGCGCAACAGCAGCAGCAGCAGCAGCAGCAGCCUAGGCCAACCACAAACCUGAACCAUGUAAAUAACAACCAUUACCAUAAUUAUUCGCUUCAACCGUACUACAAUCGGCAGCCACAGCAGCAGCACUCGUACCCUGUCACACGGAUCGCGGAAGUACCGUCGCCCAAGUCGAUACGGCUAAACUACGUAGCGGAGCGGAUACUCGCAUCAACCCUACCGGCCCGGCAGCUUCAGAAUGGGUCGUCGUCGCCGCACGCCACUAACGGUACGCCGCCCGCCGAUGAGCACGAGCGCGAACUCAUCAACAUGCUGGAACAGAAGUAUAAGCAGAACUACCGGAUACUCGAUCUCGAGUCGCGUCUCGUCAACAUCACGCUGGAGAAACUGUGCGAGCUGUGCAAAUACAUCGAUUCCUGGCUGGGAAGUGGAAAGGAAAAGAUCGUCGUUCUGCAGGACAGGGAAGAUAAACAUCGGCUCGGGACAGCGGUCGCAGCGUACCUGCAGUAUCAAAAAAUCUGCGGCUCGAACAUUCCGCAGACUAGUGGCCAGUCGAAAAAUUUCCUUUCGCCCGGCGGCACGGAUAAUGGCCGUAAAACACCCACCUGGUUGGAUUUGGACAUCUACUCGAUGCAAAAGUUUCUGGAAUCGGUUACCGGUCCGCUGCGCAUUCCUUCCCACAAAAGAUACAUUCAAUAUUUCUCCGGGCUGCUGUCGGGUGUGAUCAAGUUGAAUUCGUCCUCCUUCUUCCUGAAAGCGAUACGGGUCGAAUCGCCGCCAUGCUUGCACUAUCGUGCCAUAACCGUCAACAGCGAGUGGCGCAGUUUCAUCAAAAUCUUCGAAGGCGUCCGGUGCCUGUUUACGUCCGACAUCUACGUCAUACCGCUGACCACGCGGCACUUCAUCUAUGAGAUCAAGCAUCCGCUACGGUUGCGCGGUGACAUCCUGGUGCGCUGCUACCAGAUCAUACCAAAUAACAACAUGGCGUCCUACGAGAAGGAGCUGAUCGCGUCCGUGCAAUUUCACACAUGUGCCAUAACCGAAAAGGAAGUACAAUUCCAAAAGGGAGAUCUAGACUUGGCGUGCCAAGAUGAGCGCUUCUCAGCGGAGCAUAUGAUGACGUUCUGUUUCGACACGGUACCAAACGAACGGUCCAUGGUGCUCAUCUUCCAGGAUCCGCUGGUACGGAAGGAGCCUAUUGUGGAAACUGGAGAUCAUCUAGAAACGAUCAAUGAAGGUUGGUCCAAACAAGAUGAGUCCGGCCAUACGCAAGGUCCGCUGGAUGGAUCGUUGUACGCGACGAUAUUGAAGAGCCCAAAGUCUCCGACGGCACCGCAUCUCAUCUCACCGCCGGCCGAGUUCAGCAACGGCAAAUCGUUGCUAGCGAACGGAGGCGGCCCACCACCGCCGGUGCCGGAACGUUCCAAAACACCGAACUCGAUCUAUCUGAGCCACAACGGGACGCCCCGGAGUACGCCCGUACCGUUUGCGGUGGCACCGCCACCGGUGAGUCCCGCGUUCGGGAACGGUUCCGUGCACGGGGACGUAAAGUAUGCGCUGAGCGAGAGCAAGAGUACGCACAGUGUUAGGUCCGGGGCCGGUGUGAACAGCAGCUACGGCUCGUAUCAAAGCGCAAGUCCGGGUGCACCGGACGGUAGCAGUCCCGGGGUGGUGACGCUAGCGCCCAGUGGCAAACCGCGUCCGUCCGGUCAGGUCGAUGGCCGCGAGUCGGUGCGCAGCCCGCUGACGGUGUCCAUGGACUCGGGCAUCUCGAGCAGUGGCCCAGUUAAUCGUCGCAUACAGGGAUCGAGCGUUUCACCGUCAAGUUUUCCGAGUCCGCAAGCUAGUCCGCAAGAUGAUCGUCAUCGGGAGUUGGACGAUCUGCUGUCCGAUAUGAUGCUCACCGUGCAGGGCAUCCCGGACGUUGGCCAAAAAGCAGACCAAACAGACCAUCACCAAGCGCAACAGCGCCAACAGCCGCAUCAUCAUCAUCACCACCAGAAUCCCAACGAUCACUUCGUCAACACCAACACCGACACGAUCAAGCGUUCGCAUUCGGCCCAGCUGCCGGUGCCAGCCCGCGAGGACAACCGUGCGCGUACGCCCUUAACGGUGAGUGACUACUCGCCGUCGGUGGCAGCGGCCGCGAAAGAGCGCGAGCUGCUCAUGUACGAAACGUCCAGCACCACGACGACACUCACGCCACCCCCGAGCGAGAGCGGUCGCGAAACGCCACUGCUGAGUGCCUACGCAUCGGCUGCGAUUCGCGAACGUGAGCUGCAAAAUAUAAAUAACAAUAAUCUGACGCCAGCCGAGCGCGAGCUCAUCAUGAGCGUGCAGCGCCAUCCGCAUCAGUCGCUUGCGUAUCCUCGACCGGCACGGUCGACCACGGGAGCAUCGGAACGGUUUACCUCGGACGACGACGACGAACUGCUCGGUGGCGGAAGCGGUGGCCAGAUACCGUACCACGCACGGGAAGACUCGCGUCCGUUCACGUACGGCAACAUACCGGCCAGCGGGACACCGCAGCAUCCGCCGGCCGCCACGAUGAUCAAGAUGCAGUCGGGCCUGUCGAGCCCGUCGAUGGUGCGGAAGGCGCUCGGCACCCCGACGGCCACGCGCAAAACCGCCACCCUGCCGCGCAACGACUUCGAGGAGAUGUUGCGCGAACGGCGCGAAAAGGUGCUCAGUGAAAAGUACACGAUCGGUGACCAGUCGCCCGGUGGGAUGGGUGGUGGUGGUGGUAUGAUGGUUAGCGACACCAUCAACAACAACAGUGGCGGUGAUGGCCGGUGGACAUAUCAGCAGCAUCACACCGUCAAGACGGUGACGACGCAGGGCGCGACACCGAACGGCUAUCCGGCGCACGAACCGCUCAAACGCUCCAACACGAUGGAUGGAAGCUUCGGGCGCCAGUUCUCCAACGAAGGAAUAUCCGGUCAGUCAUGGUUGCAACUUCAGCAGCAAAAGUUACGCGCCCGCCGGGAACAGCAGCGGCGAGAACAUUCGAAUAGUUUUAGUUACAACUAUGGCAGUCCGGCAUUCCCGACCGGCGAAAACGUCUACAACACAACGCACCGACGCAGCCAGACGCUGUCGCCGGUACGGAACGAGCGGAACUAUCACACGCUUACGACCACCCGGACCCACUCGACGGAACGGCCGUUCGUGGCGGUACAGCGAGCUCACGAAAACGCGAAGCUCCAGACAAUUGGGAAUGCACCGCUCUCCAUUUUGAAUGCCUCACCGCACGGUCACAUUGCACAAGCACAAACAGCCUCCUCACCAUCGCCGUCGUCCACGCACAGGACGGUAUCGUCCCCGGCACCGUCCACGGGCACCUCGGUCACGAUCACCAACCAGCACCAUCAUCAGACGGUCAACGGAAGCAGCAGUGCCACCGGCAGCCCGGUCAAUGGGCAGGCACAUGCGACACCACAACAGCAUCGGCACAUCAACGGCAAUGGCGUGCACUAUCAGCAGCAGCAGCAGCUGAACAACAGCAGCCUGAACGGUAGCAGUGGACUGUUGUCCCUUGCCGAACAGGACCAUUCGACUCCGAAACACGGACAGGUUCGAUUGGAGUCCGAACAGAUAAUAUUCAGUAACAUACACAGUCUGAAUAAUCUCGAUAACUGCGAAAAGCUCAAUAACCUGCUAAACGAAAUAACCAACAGUGCGGCGGUGGUGGCAUCCGUUGCAACCUCACCGGAACCGCAGUCCACAGGGGCCGGGACCGCUGCAAGCGGAGGCCCAGCAUGCAUUAGCCCUAACAUUACUACUGCCAGUGUCACUACCAACAGCUCGUCUUCUUCCUCCAUGUCCACUAGCAAUCAUAGUGCAAGCCUCAUUAAUAAUCACACCCAUCAUCUAAUCGACUCGUACCAUGACCAUCAAUACCGUCACCGAAAUGGGCACAAACCGCCGACCGGCGAACAGGAACCGAUGGAACUGUCCUCGCCCGAUGGUAGCGUUGAUGAGAAACCGCUCGCCCAAACGGGCGCCACCGUCGUGAAUGGUGAGCGACGAAAUGGUCACGACACGACGCCCCUCACUGUGAUCGGCCAUGGGCAGCUAGCGCUGGAUAAGCUGCUCGCCUCACUAGCGCUCGAGAGUGACGUUACGGAAGAGCAUUUGGCCAAGAUUGAGGGGCGCACCAACACGACCGGGUGCUAUGCGGAACAGCGGCCCACGGUCGACUUUCAUCCCUCGAGCGAACUGUCGGACGUGCUGGCCAACCUGGCCGCGUACGAUCUGACCGAAAUGCAGCGCAAUGGUAACCUGUACCACCAGCAGCCGUCGGUUGAUACCGCGAACGGCAACUAUCGGCUGUAUCCGGCCCACGGGUUCGAGCUGGUGAACGGGUACACACUAAGCAAUGGGCACCACCACCUACCCGGGCAACUUCAGCGCAGUACCAGCCGAGGUAGCAACGAUGCAACCGUUGCACAACAGUCGCACCAGCACCAGCAGUCGCAGAACAGCUCUCCGAACAUACAGCAGCAGCAGCAGCAGCAGCAACUACCACCGCAUCACCAUCACAAUCAUCCCCAUCAUCCGUUACUAAUGAAUAACCAUGUGCGACGCAUUGCUUCCGAAACCGACAGUACCAUCUCAUCCAUUUCGCCUAGCUUAUCCGAACGCAGCAAUGCGAUCUCUUGGUGCGAUCAGGCACGUGAAGAAUCGUUCUCAUCGUACCGCUCGGAAACGGAACCGGACAACUCACCGAUGGGUGGAUCGCCGCGCCCAGAAACGCCGGCCUUCCCGGUAACGCCACGCACACCGUACGGGCUGAGCAACGGUACCUCCAGUCCCGCUCUUCCACCCAAGAGUCCGACAUCACAACGCAGAAAAAAUGUGCUAUACAAACAGCUCGAAAAGCUUGCGCUUGCGAAAGCAUCCCUGUUUCAGUGCGUUGCACCGGUCCUUGAGAAACGGGCACAGGGAUGUACGUUUUACUAUGACAAGGACCUGUUCAGUGGCAACCAGCGGGCGCAAGAGAUCAUCAACCAGAACGAAACACUGUCCUGCUACACAUCGCGCCGCAAUUCAACCACCUCGAACUCCAACAGCGAACCGCAGGAGGUGGCACCACAGUUCGUGAAGUUUGCCCGCGACUCCUCCAAGUACUGGUACAAGCCGAACAUCAGCCGGGAGGAGGCGAUCGCACUGCUGCGCAACGCGCCACCCGGUACGUUCAUCGUGCGCGAUUCGACCACGUUCGCGAACGCGUACGGGCUGGUGGUGAAGGUGAACCAACCACCGCCCGGUGUACAGUACACCGGACCGAACAGUGAGGAGCUGGUGCGACACUUCCUGGUGGAACCGACGAUCCGGGGCGUCCGGUUGAAGGGCUGUGCGAACGAGCCCGUCUUCACCUCACUGUCUGCGCUGGUGUAUCAGCAUUCGAUUACUACGCUAGCCUUACCGUGCCGGUUGAUCAUCCCCGAUAUGGACCUUCAACAGUUGGAGAAUCAAACACCGGCGCAACAGCAGUUGCUACAGCAAGGUGCUGCCUGUAACGUGCUAUAUUUGUUCACCUGCGAUACAGAGUCACUCACCGGACCACAAGCAAUAAGGAAGGCAGUCAGCUCGUUGCUUGCGCUACGACCCCUGCCGAAACCAACGCAAGUGCACUUCAAGGCCUCACUGCAGGGAAUCACACUGACCGACAAUACGCGACAGUUGUUCUUCAGACGCCACUACCCAUCGAACAAUGUGUCAUUCUGCGCACUCGAUCCGGACGAUCGUCGAUGGAGCAUUCAGUCGACUACGGGAGAUAUUCCCGCUUCAAAACGUAUGUUCGCGUUCGUUGCGAAGCGGUCGCCCUCGUCGGCGGACAACCAGUGUCAUGUGUUCUGCGAGCUGGAACCAACGCAACCGGCGGCGGCCAUCAUGCAGUUCGCCAACAAGGUGCUGACCGGUACCAGCCAGCAGCCAGCAGUUACCAGAGCAAUCUAG